UUUGACCUCGUGCCACUGGCACCCCCCCCAACCACGACACCUAGCGACACAGUGGCUGGGGCCGCGUAUCCGCAGUGGAAAUUACGAGAUGAGAAAAAAAGGAAUCCCAACUCUGUUGCUACGAUACGGCGUCGACGAGAAGAGGAAGAAGAGAGAAGAGGGGGGCAUGGGACGAUGGCGGAAACGACUGCUCGCCCCGGUUUUCCCAGCGGCGAGUGGAGAGGAAUUGGUGUCGGAUCGGUGGGCAACGUGAUCAGGCUGCAGGUCACUCCUCCAGAUCACGUCGGCCCCGCCAAGAGGGGACACCUCGUCUUCAACGCGGCCUUCGAAAGCGGAAACCUGGGACGUGUGGACUGCAUUUCCGAGGUUGAGUACGACCUGUUCAUUCGCCCGGACACCUGCAACCCGCGGUACCGCGUCUGGUUUAACUUCACCGUCGGCAACGUGAGAGCAAAUCAGCGCGCGAUUUUCAACCUCGUGAACUUCAGCAAGACCAGGAGCCUGUACAGAGACGGGAUGACGCCGGUUGUCAAGUCCACCAGUCGCCCGCAAUGGACGAGGCUGCCCGGCAAGCACGUGUUCUACUACCGCAGCCCCGAGCACCGCGGGCGCUACGUCGUGUCGUUCGCCUUCUGCUUCGACCGCGAGGAGGACGACUAUCAGUUCGCCUACUGCUUCCCGUACACCUACUCGCAGCUGCAGCGCUACCUCGACGCUCUGCAGGCCCGGGGCCUCGACUACGUCCACCGGGAGCUGCUCGGCCUCAGCGUGCAACAGCGUCGUUUGGAUCUCCUGACCAUCACGAGCCCAGGAAACCUGGAUCCUGGAGCGAAGCGGAGGGUGGUGCUGGUCACCGCGCGGGUUCACGCCGGAGAAACACCCUCCUCCUACGUCUGCCAGGGACUAAUAGAUUUUCUGGUGAGCCAUCAGCCAGCGGCCGUGAUCUUGCGCGAGCGUCUCGUCUUCAAGAUCGUCCCAAUGCUCAAUCCGGACGGUGUCCAUCUCGGCAAUUACAGGUGCUCACUGAUGGGGUUCGACCUGAACCGAUGCUGGCAGGACCCUUCACCCUGGGCACAUCCCACCCUGCACGCCGUACGGCAACACGUGAUCACCCUGCAGGCACAGCAGAACACCAGCGUGGACGUGUGCGUGGACACGCACGCGCACUCCACGCUCGCCAACAGCUUCGUGUACGGCAACGCCUUCGACGAGGCUGAGCGCUCCAGCCGCCAGCUUCUCUUCCCACGCCUCCUGUGUCGCAACGCAAGCGACUUCUCGCUGGCGAGCACGGCGUUUGACAGCGACGCGGCGAAGGCCGGCACGGCGCGCCGCUCGCUGGGCGAGCUGCUCUCCCCAUGCUGCCUCUGCUACACGCUGGAGGUGUCCUUCUCGGCGUUCGUGCCGCCCCACGGGGCCGGCCCCGCCGUGCCCUACAUCUGCGACUCCUACAUGAACCUUGGGAAAAACCUGGCACGGACUUUCCUGGACUUCUACAGACUUCAAGGCAUCAUCCAAUCAAUUCCGCCCUCUGUGGCCAGUGAGAGACACGACCGCGAAGCCGCGAAGCCGCGAAGCCGGCCGGGGCGAUCUCGCAAGCGCGCCCCCACCGCUCCUGCCCGCUCCUCGGCACGUGACUUGCACGGCUGACGGAGCCGUUCCGUCCAAGCAGCGCGAGGUUUCGCCUCUCGCAAUCGCGCGUGGGUGGUGGUGGUGGUGGGGGAGUUUGGUGGCAAGUGGGAUUAUUAGUAUUUUUCUUCUUUCUCCCGUUCUCCUCCUCGCGUCUCGCCCUGUGACCUUAGCGGCGAGAAGAGUGCCCGCGCGAGCGCCACGCCUGACCGCUUCAUCCCCGGCGCGGUAAAUUAGGCGAGUGUCCUGACAUCCACGCGCAGGUUACAUACGCAGAGAGGGAGAGAGGGCGAUGAGGAGGGAGGAGGCUGUUACGUGCGCCGCAGCGUAGCGCG